UUCCUAUCUACUUUGACUCUUUUUUCCAUUGAGACCAAAUUCAGUCUUCCUGGAAAAGUUAUUGAGUGAACAAGUGCACAAGAAAAUGACAACUCCCCAUAGUUUUGGUGCUCCAGAAAACUAUUCUCCAACAAAAAGAAUAAGAUGUGGAUGUGCUGAAUAUUUAGUUAAACAACAUGGCGGACGGCUUGAUUGGCGUGGCGGGGAGCGCGUCCUUGACAUUGGUUGUGGCGUUGGUGACGUCAUGCAUCAAUGUUUUUUCCCUUUACUUCCUCGCAACUACCGGAAGCUCCUUCUAACUGAUUUAUCCCCAAAAAUGCUUGAAUUUGCCCGAAAGGAGUUCCAUGGAGUGGAGCGUGUUGAUUUUAUGCAAAUUGACAUUGGAGUUGAUGUUGAAAAACCCCUAAAUGGUAGUUUUGAUAAAAUCUUUUCGAGUUUCUGCAUAAACUUCGUGAAAGAUCAGAGAAAGGCUUUUGAAAAUGUUUACAACCUCUUAGCACCGGGAGGAGAGUGUUUGCUUAUCUUAUCACAAACUGCAGCUUUUUUUGAAGCUGCUUUUCAACUUAUCAAUACCCCAAAAUGGGAAGACCACUUGAAGCACUAUCGUGAUGUUUUUGUGUUUCCCUACCGUGAGGAUCCGAAUCCAGAAAUGACAAUCAGGGAUCUUCUGGAAUCAAUUGGAUUUUGUGAUGUUUUCGUUAAAAAAGAUGACUAUAAUUGCGAUUUUCCCACAAUUGAUAGCUUUAGAGAGUGCCUUAGAGCCUUUCCUGACUUCCCAAACAACAUGACUAAGGAGGAGAAGGAAGAAUUGCUUGAGGAUCAAGUGAAAAUGGGCAUUUCAUUCAAUAUUGUUGGGGAAUGUCGUGAUGAUAGCAAACCCAAUGCCUAUCCAAUCAUGGAGAAUUUAACAAUUUAUGCAAAAAAGAAAUAAAUUUUAAUGAUUUUUGUGUGUUUUCUGUUAUUGAUUGAGAUGUUUUAUAAACAGAAGGGGCAAUAAACGAGAAAAUGUAGAUAAAU